GUUGGCAACGAAGUACAACAUUGAGCCAGCUUUCAUACAGAAAGCGCACCAGCACUUCGACACGGCGGAGAACCGGAAGACAGGUCUUUGGACCAAGAAGGAUUUCAGUCACUGGCUGCUUGAGUUCCUUCCACUGAAGGAACGAUCAAAACUUGCUCCUGAGCGGAUGACGUUCUAUUGGAACCGGUUGGACAAGGACGAGCACCACUGCGUGGACUUCGAAGAGUUCGUGAUUUUCUUACAAGCCCUGACUUCCACGGCUGCUAAAUACUUCAAAAGCAUCCCCGAGUUCCUUUUCCCGGACCUGGUCAAGCAAGCAGAGGGAUUUGACAAUGGCGAGGAGGGCCCAAAGGGCCCUGUGAUGCCCUCGGCCAGCAACAGCCAGGAGAGCAAGUCUCUCAGGGCGAGGCAGUCAGUCCUCGGCUCCGAGGACUCGGACCUCGCUUCACUCUCGCGAUCGCGAGCGUGGACCAGUAUCGCACAGAAAGGGCCUGCGCCCAAUCUCGACGAUCUGGAUACGUCGCUACUGGCACCACGUCGAAGUAUCAAGUAA